CUGCCUGCUGCGGAAAGCCUGAGACCAAACCAGCUUGCGAAUGCGAGACAAACAGGUCCGAUCCGGGCGAGGACAGCGGCAGCGGGGUCUCGGUCUCUCGUUCAGAUCUCGCACCGCACCCCGUCCAGAUCUCGCGCCCCUCCCCUCCUCCCCGCGGCCGGAGCUGAGAUCCGCGCGCGGCCAUGGCGGGCGCCGCGGGAGGGUUUGUCACGCGGGCCCUCGAGGCCAUGCUCAAGGAGUGCGCCGCCAACCGCGGCAAGUUCGCCGCGCUCCAGCAAUCCAUCCAGUCCUACCUCGAUAGCAUCAAGGGGGCGCAGAAGGAGGAGGAGGGCGCGGCGGCGGCUGCUGCGGCCGGCAUUACGGAGGCCCUGGCGUCGGCCGGGCGCGUGCUUGAGGGGCCCCAGGCCGAGCUGGUGCUGCAGCCACUCCGCCUCGCCUUCGAGACCAAGCACCUCAAGCUCGUCGAGCCCGCGCUCGACUGCCUCCACAAACUUAUUGCUUAUGAUCAUCUAGAAGGUGAUCCUGGUCUAGAAGGUGGUAAAAAUUCCUCAUUAUUUACCGAUAUCCUGAACAUGGUCUGUGGUUGCGUCGAUAACACCUCCUCUGACAGUACUGUUCUCCAAGUCUUGAAAGUGCUUCUCAAUGCUGUUGCUUCAAAUAGGUUUAGAGUACACGGAGAACCAUUGCUUGGAGUGAUUAGAGUAUGCUAUAACAUUGCUCUCAAUAGCAAGAGCCCUGUGAAUCAGGCUACGUCAAAGGCUAUGUUAACCCAGAUAAUCAGCAUUGUAUUCAGGAGAAUGGAAUCUGAGCAGGUUUCUGUAUCGCCUGCAAGCUCUGCAGUUGAAGAUACAACUUCAUCUAGCACAAAGAACUCUGAAAAUGAGGAAAUAUCUACUGAUAAACAAGAUGAGGAAAAGGUCACUCUUGGAGAUGCAUUGUCCAUGAAUCGGGCUUCAGAAGCAUCUCCAACAUCUGUUGAAGAGCUUCAGAAUCUUGCAGGAGGUGCAGAUAUUAAGGGGUUGGAAGCUGUUCUGGACAAGGCUGUUGAACUUGAGGAUGGCAAGAAAGUCUCAGGUGGAAUUGACCUGGAUACUGUGAAUAUAAUACAGCGUGAUGCGUUGUUGCUCUUUCGGACUCUUUGCAAGAUGAGCAUGAAAGAAGAAAGUGAUGAAGUUGCUACAAAAACAAGGCUUCUGUCACUCGAACUGUUGCAGGGAUUGCUAGAGGGUGUCAGUGAUACGUUCACCAAAAAUUUCCACUUCAUUGAUUCUGUUAAAGCAUAUCUUUCAUAUGCUCUUCUGCGGGCAUCUGUCUCUUCAUCACCCAUUGUUUUUCAGUAUGCUUGUGGGAUAUUUUCAAUUCUCUUGCUCCGUUUUAGGGAGAGUCUGAAGGGGGAAAUCGGUGUCUUCUUUCCUCUGAUAGUUUUAAGGUCUCUAGAUAGCUCUGAUAGCCCCCUCAGCCAAAGGACCAGUGUUCUUAGGCUGCUGGAGAAAGUUUGCAAAGAUCCGCAAAUGCUUGCAGAUGUGUUUGUAAAUUAUGACUGUGAUCUUGAGGGACCAAACCUUUUCGAACGCAUGGUUAGUGCGCUCUCAAGAAUUGCACAAGGAUCUCAAAGUGCUGAUACCAGCUCCACUGCUUCAUCUCAAGCAGUUUCUGUAAAAGGCUCAUCUCUUCAGUGCUUGGUGAAUAUUCUGAAGUCAUUAGCUGAUUGGGAGCAACUUCGAAGAGAUUCCACAAAGCAGGGGAGCAUUGUUAAACCUCAUGAAGAGGAUGCUUCAAGAAGCUUGACAACUGAUGAGACAAAGAACCAAGAGGAUGGUCGCAAUCAGUUUGAGAGAGCUAAAGCUCAUAAGUCAACAAUGGAGGCUGCCAUCGCAGAGUUUAAUCGUAAAUCAGCAAAGGGGAUUGAUUAUUUAUUAUCAAAUAAAAUGAUUGAAAAUAAUGCAUCAUCUGUAGCUCAGUUUCUCAAGAGCACUCCCAGCUUGGAUAAGGUUAUGAUUGGUGAAUAUUUGGGACAGCAUGAGGAAUUCCCCCUUGCUGUGAUGCAUGCCUAUGUUGAUUCCAUGAAGUUUUCAGGGUUGAAGUUUGAUGCUGCUAUUCGUGAGUUCCUGAAAGGAUUUCGGCUCCCGGGAGAGGCACAAAAGAUUGAUCGCAUAAUGGAAAAGUUUGCUGAGCGGUACUGUGCUGAUAACCCUGGACUUUUCAAAAACGCAGAUACUGCUUAUGUUCUUGCUUAUGCUGUCAUAAUGUUGAAUACUGAUGCACAUAAUCCAAUGGUGUGGCCUAAGAUGUCAAAAUCAGAUUUUGUUCGUAUGAACACUGUGAGUGAUGCAGAGGAAUGUGCCCCAAAGGAGCUAUUAGAGGAAAUUUAUGAUUCCAUUGUCAAGGAAGAGAUAAAGAUGAAAGAUUAUUUCAGUGAUGCAUUAAGAACAACUAAACUGAGACCUGAAACAGAAGAAAGAGGUCGUCUUGUCAAUAUUCUCAAUUUAACUCUUCCAAGACUGAAGUCAGCAAGUGAUACAAAGGCAGAGAGUGAAAAGAUCAUCAAACAGACUCAGGCUCUUUUUAAGAACCAGGGACAGAAGAAAGGUGUUUUUCAUGUUGCGCAGCAGGUUGAGCUUGUUAGACCAAUGCUUGAAGCUGUAGGAUGGCCUUUGCUUGCUACAUUUUCUGUGACCAUGGAGGAAGGUGACAGCAAGCCUAGGGUUGUAUCAUGCAUGGAAGGGUUUAGAGCUGGUAUCCAUCUUACACGUGUUCUUGGGAUGGACACCAUGCGAUAUGCUUUCUUGACGUCCUUAGUGAGGUUUACGUUUUUGCAUGCUCCUAAGGAAAUGCGUAGUAAAAAUGUUGAGGCACUACGGACCCUUCUUGCUUUAGCUGACACAGAUAUGGAUGCUUUGCAAGAUACUUGGAAUGCUGUUUUAGAAUGUGUCUCGAGGCUCGAGUAUAUCACUUCAAGUCCUUCAAUUGCUGCAACUGUUAUGCUGGGAUCAAAUCAAAUAUCGAGGGAUUCUGUAGUUCAAUCACUGAAAGAGUUGGCUGGGAAGCCUGCUGAGCAAAUAUUUGUAAACAGCGUAAAACUGCCAAGUGAUUCCAUUGUUGAAUUCUUCACUGCCCUCUGUGGUGUUUCUGCUGAAGAACUGAAACAAACACCUGCUCGUGUCUUUAGCUUGCAAAAACUUGUGGAGAUAAGCUACUAUAACAUGGCUCGUAUACGUCUGGUGUGGGCCAGAAUAUGGUCUGUAUUGGCUCAGCAUUUUAUUGCUGCUGGGAGCCACCACGAGGAGAAAGUUGCUAUGUAUGCCAUUGACUCACUGAGACAGCUUGGUAUGAAGUACUUGGAACGUGCAGAAUUGAACAACUUCACAUUUCAGAAUGACAUACUGAAGCCUUUUGUCAUUUUAAUGAGGAAUAGCCACAACAAAAAGAUCCGUGGUCUAAUUGUUGAUUGCAUUGUUCAGCUGAUCAAGUCAAAAGUUGGUAGCAUAAAGUCAGGUUGGCGUUGUGUAUUCAUGAUAUUCACUGCAGCAGCUGAUGACGAGGAUGAAUCAAUUGUUGAAAGUGCUUUUGAAAACGUAGAACAAGUUAUCUUGGAACAUUUUGAUCAAGUCGUUGGCGAUUGUUUCAUGGAUUGUGUCAAUUGUCUUAUUGGCUUCGCCAAUAACAAAUGCACUCCCAGAAUUAGUUUGAAGGCUAUUGCUCUCCUACGUAUAUGCGAAGAUCGUUUGGCAGAGGGGUUCAUUCCUGGUGGUGCUGUUAAACCUGUUGAUGCGGUUCCAGAUGCCAAUUUUGAUGUGACUGAGCAUUACUGGUUUCCUAUGCUGGCUGGCUUGUCUGAUUUGACUUUGGACUCCAGACCAGAAGUCAGACAUUGUGCACUUGAAGUGUUAUUUGAUUUGCUGAAUGAGAGAGGACAUAAAUUCUCCUCACCUUUUUGGGAGAGUAUUUUCCAUCGUGUACUCUUUCCUAUAUUUGAUCACGUAAGUCAUGCUGGAAGGGAUGGACUUUCUUCUGGUGAUGAUUGGCUUCGUGAUACUAGCAUUCAUUCUCUGCAAUUAAUCUGCAACCUUUUCAAUACUUUCUAUAAGGAGGUAUCGUUUAUGCUUCCACCUCUUCUAGGCUUGCUGCUUGAGUGUGCCAAGAAAACAGAACAAACUGUUGUUUCAAUUGCUCUUGGCGCUUUAGUUCAUCUAAUAGAGGUUGGUGGUCACCAGUUCAGUGAUGGUGACUGGGAAACAUUACUAAAGAGUAUUAGGGAUGCAUCAUACACAACUCGGCCCCUCGAACUGCUCAAUUCACUAGGAUUUCAGAAUUCAAACAAUCAACAGUUACUUUCAAGAGAGACAGAGGCGAACUCACAUGGCAAUAAUUACCAUGAUAGCAGGGGAGGAGCCUCCAUCAGUAAUAAUGGUGAACAUGAUAGUCACCUGGAGACAAAUCCACAGAGUACCCUGGAGAAUUCAGAAGGUUUUCCAUCACCAUCAGGGAGAACACAACCUGCAGUUUCCCCACGUGGUCAAACCUUUGGACAAAGAAUUAUGGGUAAUAUGAUGGAUAAUCUUUUGGUCAGAAGUCUUACAUCCAAAUCAAAAGGUCGAACAGACGAUAUUGCUCCACCUUCACCUGUGAAGACGUCUGAUGAUGAUGGGGCUGACAAGACUGAAGAAGAAGAAAACUCAACGAUGGAAACUGCUAGGAGUAAAUGCAUCACUCAGUUACUGCUGCUUGGGGUCAUUGACAGCGUACAGAAGAAGUAUUGGAGCAGGCUAAAAGCCACACAACAGGUAGCGAUAAUGGAUAUCUUGCUAUCACUCCUAGAAUUUGCUUCUUCCUAUAACUCACCUUCAAAUCUUCGAACAAGGAUGCACCAUAUACCUCCUGAAAGGCCUCCGUUGAAUCUUCUUCGGCAAGAACUAGCUGGAACUACUAUCUAUUUAGAGAUCCUACAUAAAUCAACAGCGGAGCAUGAUAUGAAUGACUCGACUGAGGAAGCAAAUGGUUUUAGUGAAUCUGGUGAACAGGAAAAGCUCAAGAACCUAGCAGAAGGGAAACUGGUUUCCUUUUGUGGACAGAUUUUGAAAGAAGCGUCUGAUCUCCAGCCUAGCACUGGGGAAGCUGCUAGUGCAGACAUACAUCGUGUACUGGACCUACGGGCACCUGUUAUUGUCAAGGUUUUGAAAGGAAUGUGUAUCAUGGAUGCUCAAAUAUUCAAAAACCACAUAAAAGAGUUCUAUCCAUUAAUUACAAAACUUAUCUGUUGUGAUCAGAUGGAUGUUCGUGGAGCCCUUGGCGAUCUUUUCAGCAAACAACUUACUCCACUUAUGCCCUGAAUCCCAAUGAUAGUUCUUUCAUGUUGCAUAUAUCUCUUCUAGUUGGAAUAUAGUCAUCAUCAUCAUCGGCAUUUUUGUGCAAACAUGGAGCACUGGAAGGAAGCUCUAUGUUCUGAAGGCACAUAUCUGGUGCAACAGCUGCUUUCUAGGAUGUGAAGAGCUUGGUUGGCGAGAGGCUGUAAAUCGAUAAGCUGCAUUUUUGGGAUGACGCGAUAUCAUGGAAAGUAGGCUGCCUGUUGCACACAAUUUUUUUUCUCUGGUGACUUGUUGAGUUGUACUUAAUGUGUUUUCUAUCUGUGUGCCCAGAUGGGGACGAUCCUUCUAUACAGUAGAAUAGCAUUGGCGAUAUGUACACAUUGUUCAGGACAUUGUACUUGAGGCCUUUUCUUAUAUGGCAAUAGUAGAUUACGUGGUUGGCCUUGUAGUUUUGUGCAUCUAAUAUGCUGAGGUCUGAUCAGUAUUGCAUUAUCUGACUUUGCUAUUAUUGCAGAAUUGUUUCGCUCAUUGUUACCCCCCCCCCCCCCCCCAACUCGAUGUAAUAUUUGGUGCGCUGGUGUAUCUAUCAGUUGAUAGACCUAAAUAUGGUUGCAGAAUUGAAGCAGUGGCAUAGACCUAAGUUUUCCUUGAUAUUA